GCGGAGGGAAGCAGAAGAGCAAAAGGACAGUCCCUCCCUCGCCGUUUCUUCACCGGCGAUUCCAAUUUCUGACAGCAAUCUGGUUGAUCCAAGAAGAGGAAUAAGAAACAAAGAUGAGGAUAUUAAGUCGAGGGUUCAUUUGGAGUAUUAAUGUUCUCAAAUCAUUCUCGCAGCUCCAGUCAAUCUCUGCAAUUCCUAACCUUCAAAGAUCAUUCCUUUUAUCCACAAUUUACAGUUCCUCGUUUUCACUUUCUCAUUCUUAUUCCACUGCAGAGUUGCAGCUGCAGCUAUCGACUGACCUUAUUAGAAUCAUGGAACAAAGGCUGUCGGCUAUUGAACGGAGGAGUGCUUUCUUGGAGAAUCUUAUCAACCAGACAGCCAGAAGCCUCUCCAGCAGAGUAUUCUAGGGCUAAUAAAGAGCUUCGGAGAUUAGGGGAUUCUUUGGAACUUAUCAGUCAACUGAGGACCAAACAGAAGGAAAUGGAUGGUUUAAGGUCAUUGAUGGUUGAAUGUCCUCAAGAUAAAGACAUGCUUGAUAUAGCAACAGAGGAAUUAGGUCAGGCUCUGGAAGAAGAGAAAAGGUUGCAGGUUUUGCUCCUGAAGUCAUUACUUCCCAAAGAUGAUGCUGAUGAGAGGGACAGCAUUUUGGAGGUGAGAGCAGGAACUGGUGGAGAAGAGGCUUCUUUAUUUGCAAUGGAUGUGUUUAAAAUGUAUGAGAGGUACUCACUUAAGAAGGGUUGGAAGUUUGAAGUGGUAGAUAUAACCGAGUCUGAUCUGAAAGGAUAUAAGGAGGCUAGCGCAGCAAUAUCUGGAGCUGGAGUUUAUGGGAAACUUAAAUUUGAAAGUGGAAUUCACAGAGUUCAGCGUGUUCCUGUGACUGAAAAGUCUGGACGUAUUCACACCAGUGCUGUAUCUGUUGCUAUUCUGCCUCAGGCUGAUGAGGUCGAUGUCCAGUUAAGGAAUGAAGAUUUGAGGAUUGAUACUUACAGAUCUGGUGGUUCUGGUGGUCAACAUGCAAAUACUACUAAUAGUGCUGUUAGAGUAACUCAUUUGCCAACUGGAAUAACAGUCUCUAUACAGGAUGAACGAUCCCAACAUAUGAAUAAAGCCAAAGCACUCAAGGUGUUGUGUGCAAAGCUGUAUGAAAUGGAGAGGUCUCGAAUUCAGCUCAGCCAGUCAAAGCUCAGAUCAGAGCAGAUUGGUAGUGGAGACAGAUCUGAACGUAUCCGCACUUACAAUUUCCCUCAAGGGCGUGUCACUGAUCAUCGAGUUGGCAUCACUCAUCAUGCUAUAAAUGAUAUAAUGCAGGGUGAGAAUCUGGAUGUCUUCAUUGAUGCGCUUCUUCUACAGCAGGAAAUGGAUGCCAUUGCAUCUUUCAGCUCUACUCCGUGACACCAAUCCUCCAUUCAAUAGCCCUCUUUUCAGCCCAGCUGUUUUCCAUUCAACAAUUAUCAUUUUUAGCAUCAAAAUGAUUCUAAUGUCGGUUAGUAAUGCCAUAAUACUAUUGCCCACCAUUUAUUUCCUCUUGUAUUUCAAGAAAAAUUAAUCUGUUAAGAGCAAGCAUAUCUGUAGCAUGGAGUUGUGGUACAGAAAUAUAUUCUUUUGUGAGAAAUGCUUGCCUAGUGCUGCUAGCACUCGAACCUUGAUUAACUUGAUUGUAAUUUUUUUUUUUAAUUCUAAAAAAUUUAGAAAAGUAAA